AGGAUGAUGCUCUCAGUGGCAGGGCUCCUUGUCUGCUCCCUCCUGCAAACCGUCCUCUCCCUCAACCCCGAGGACCCCAACGUGUGCAGCCACUGGGAGAGCUAUGCCGUGACCGUCCAGGAAUCGUACGCACACCCCUUCGAUCAGAUCUACUACACGCGAUGCACAGACAUCCUCAACUGGUUCAAGUGUACCAGGCACCGGAUCAGUUAUAAGACAGCAUAUCGGCGUGGGCUCCGGACCAUGUACCGGCGGAGGUCCCAGUGCUGUCCUGGCUACUACGAAAGCGGAGACUUCUGCAUACCCCUGUGUACAGAGGAGUGUGUGCAUGGCCGCUGUGUUUCCCCGGACACCUGCCACUGUGAGCCCGGCUGGGGAGGGCCCGACUGCUCCAGCGGCUGCGACAGCGACCACUGGGGCCCCCAUUGCAGCAACCGGUGCCAGUGCCAAAACGGAGCCCUGUGCAACCCCAUCACCGGCGCCUGCGUGUGUGCCGCCGGCUUCCGAGGCUGGCGCUGCGAGGAGCUCUGCGCGCCUGGCACCCACGGCAAGGGCUGCCAGCUGCCGUGCCAGUGCCGCCACGGCACCAGCUGCGAUCCCCGCACUGGAGAGUGCCUCUGCUCACCCGGCUAUACUGGCGUCUACUGUGAGGAGCUCUGCCCACCUGGGAGCCACGGGGCUCACUGUGAGCUGCGCUGCCCCUGCCAGAAUGGGGGUACCUGCCACCACGUCACUGGCGAGUGUGCCUGCCCCCCAGGCUGGAUGGGAGCAGUGUGUGCCCAGCCCUGCCCACCAGGGACGUUCGGCCAGAAUUGCAGCCAGGACUGUCCUUGCCACCACGGAGGGCAGUGUGACCACGUGACUGGGCAGUGCCACUGCCCAGCCGGAUACAUGGGGGACAGGUGCCAAGAGGAAUGCCCCUUCGGGACCUUUGGCUUCCAGUGCUCCCUGCGCUGUGACUGCCACAACGGGGGUCAGUGUUCACCCACCACCGGUGCCUGCAAGUGUGAACCUGGCUACAAAGGCCCACGCUGCCAGGAGCGACUGUGCCCCGAGGGCCUGCACGGCCCAGGCUGCAGCUUGCCCUGCCCCUGUGAUGCCGACAACACCAUCAGCUGCCACCCAGUAACUGGAGCUUGCACCUGCCAGCCAGGGUGGUCUGGCCACCACUGCAGUGAAUCCUGCCCUGCUGGCUACUAUGGCGAUGGCUGCCAGCUGCCUUGCACCUGUCAGAACGGCGCCAACUGCCACAGCGUCACUGGGAGCUGCACUUGUGCCCCAGGCUUCAUGGGGGAGGUCUGUGCAGUUCCCUGUACAGCAGGGACCUACGGCCCCAACUGCUCAUCCGUCUGUAGCUGUAACAGCGGUGGCACCUGCUCCCCAGUAGAUGGCUCCUGCACCUGCAAGGAGGGGUGGCAGGGCCUCGACUGCACCCUGCCAUGUCCCAGUGGGACGUGGGGCCUGAACUGCAACGAGAGCUGCACCUGUGCCAAUGGGGCGGCCUGCAGCCCCACCGAUGGUUCCUGCUUCUGCACCCCUGGCUGGCUGGGGGACAACUGCGAACUGCCCUGCCCGGAUGGCACAUUUGGGCUGAACUGCAGUGAGCGUUGUGACUGCAGCCACGCCGAUGGCUGUGAUCCCGUCACAGGCCACUGCUGCUGCCUGGCCGGAUGGACAGGCGUCCACUGUGACAGCAUGUGUCCGCCCGGUCGCUGGGGCCCCAACUGCUCCGUGUCCUGCAGCUGCGAGAACGGCGGCUCCUGCUCCCCAGAGGAUGGGAGCUGCGAGUGUGCCCCGGGCUUCCGAGGACCCUUAUGCCAGAGAAUCUGCGCCCCUGGGUUCUAUGGCCACAGCUGUGCCCAGCCGUGCCCCCUCUGCGUGCACAGCAGCGGGCCCUGCCAUCACGCCAGCGGCAUCUGUGAGUGCCUCCCUGGAUUCUCCGGAACCCUCUGCAACCAAGUGUGUGCUGGAGGGCACUUUGGGCAGGACUGUGCCCAGCUCUGCUCCUGUGCCAACAACGGGACCUGCAGCCCCAUCGAUGGCUCCUGCCAGUGCUUCCCUGGAUGGAUUGGCAAGGACUGCUCACAGGCUUGCCCACCUGGGUUCUGGGGCCCCGCCUGCUUCCACACAUGCAGCUGCCACAACGGGGCGAGCUGUAGCGCCGAGGAUGGGGCCUGCCACUGCACCCCUGGUUGGACCGGACUCUUCUGCACACAGCGCUGCCCAGAAGCAUUUUAUGGGAAGGACUGCGGGCAUGUGUGCCAGUGUCAGAAUGGUGCCAGCUGUGACCACGUCAGCGGCAAGUGUACCUGCCGCACGGGCUUCACCGGGCGACACUGUGAGCAGAGAUGUGCACCAGGAACCUUUGGCUAUGGGUGUCAGCAGCUGUGUGAGUGCAUGAACAAUGCCACCUGUGACCAUGUCACAGGCACCUGUUAUUGCAGCUCUGGAUUCAAAGGGAUCAGGUGUGACCAAGCUGCCCUCAUGAUGGAGGAGCUAAAUCCCUACACCAAGAUCAGCCCAGCACUGGGUGCAGAGAGGCACUCGGUGGGUGCUGUCACAGGCAUCGUCCUCCUGUUGUUCCUCAUUGUGGUGCUGCUGGGCCUGUUCGCCUGGCACCGGCGGCGGCAGAAAGAGAAGGGCCGAGACCUGGCUCCCCGUGUCUCCUACACACCUGCCAUGAGGAUGACCAGCACUGACUACUCCCUCUCAGAUUUGUCUCAAAGUAGCAGCCAUGCCCAGUGCUUUUCCAAUUCCAGCUACCACGCACUGGUGUGCGGGGAGCCUAACACCAGCCAGGCCAGCACUCUGGACAGGAACAGCCCCACCAAGCUCAGUAACAAGUCCCUUGACAGAGACAUGGCAGGCUGGACCCCCUACAGCUAUGUGAACGUGUUAGACUCCCAUUUCCAGAUCAGUGCCCUGGAGGCCAGGUACCCGCCCGAGGACUUCUACAUUGAACUUAGACACCUCAGCCGCCCCGCUGAGCUACACUCACCAGGUGCUUGUGGAAUGGAUAGACGUCAGAACACAUACAUUAUGGACAAAGGCUUCAAAGAUUACAUGAAAGAAUCCGUAUGCAGUUCUAGCACUUGUUCCUUGAAUAGCAGUGAAAACCCUUAUGCCACAAUUAAGGACCUACCCAUCCUCACCUGCACGCUUCCAGAAAGCAGCUAUGUAGAAAUGAAGUCGCCUGUGCACACGGGGUCUCCAUACACAGAUGUGCCAUCCUUGUCGACAUCUAAUAAAAAUAUAUAUGAAGUUGAGCCCACAGUCAGUGUGGUCCAAGAAGGCCGAGGUUGUAACUCCAGCUAUAUCCAGAAUGCAUACGACCUACCUAGGAACAGCCAUAUUCCUGGUCAUUAUAACCUCCUCCCAGUAAGACAGAGCCCUGCCAAUGGGCCGUCCCAGGACAAGCAGUCUUGAGGCAUAAGCCUCUCUCUUGCAAUGUGCUCUGCUGAAUAGUCUCUGACUCUCUGAACGAAGACAAUCCCUUGAUGAAAUAACGGUACAGACUGACUCCAGCUGCGUGUCAGUUAUAACGUUCACCUGGAACUAAAGAAGAGCUUCCAAGUGGGACGGGGUAACUGUUCAAAAGGUCCGUU